GAUAACCAGUAGAGUUAUAAAAUGAGUACGAUUUUAUGGAGUUUUUAACGAUUGCAUUUUACCUAAAAAUGUUGGUUGUCAUUUAGAAAAUAAUUUAAGUAAACAUUUAUUUUGUUAUACUCAUUACAAAUACUUUAAUAUUCUUAAGUUAAAAAACUCUUAUCAAACUUUGUUUAUACGUUGUUUUUGUAAUUUAUGAUGAUUAUCGUUUGUAAUUAUUUGCGCCGGCUGAGUACUAUUUGUAACUACCAUUUGAUGUUUACUAGAACUAUGUUUAUUCGAUCUAUUGACAAAUCAAAAAGUAAAAAUUGGUCGCAACAACAACCAUAUAAUAAGUUCUUUGUCUUAGACUUUGAAGCUACUUGUGAUGAUAAAGCACAUUUAUUAAAACCACAGGAAAUAAUUGAAUUCCCAUGUAUAUUAGUAGAAUUUUCAACAGUUUCAAGAAACUUUGAAGUAUUAUCAUAUUUUCAUUCAUAUGUUAAACCAAUUAUUCAUACAGAGUUGACUGAAUAUUGUUCUCAACUAACUGGAAUUACUCAGGAUAUGAUAUGUAAUAGUCCACUAUUUGAUGAAGUUUUCCAAAAUUUUUGUAAGUGGUAUAUAAAUCAAGUCAAUGAUGAAGAUAAGUCUAUUAUUGUUACUUCAGGCAAUUGGGAUUUAGGUAAUAUAUUUGUAGAACAAUGUAAACUAUUUCCUUCAACAGUGAAAAUUCCAGAGUUUAUGUGCACUUGGAUAAAUAUAAAAAAGUUAUUUGCUCUGACCAUUGGACAGUAUCCCUUUGGUAUACAAAAUAUGCUGAAGACUGCUAAUUUAAAACAAAUGGGGAGCAUACACAAUGGAAUGGUAGGUAAAUGGCCAGAACAUGUGGGGAUAUUAGCUUUAGAGUUAAUUGUACCAUCCAGAUAUGUGAAUCAGAUUGAUCUCGAAUUACAUGAUGGUGUAUCCAAAGGAAAAUAUACGAUUGGUUUGGGCCAAGAGCGUAUGGCAUUUUGUUCAGACCGUGAGGAUGUAGUUUCGUUGUGUCUGACCGCAGUCAGUUCUUUGAUGCUCCGUACACAAACAAGCUAUUCUGAUAUUGGACGGCUUGAAGUGGGAACCGAAACACUGGUAGACAAAUCCAAAAGUAUUAAAUCGAUGUUAAUGCGCUUAUUCAAAAAUUCUAACAAUAAUAAUGUCGAAGGAGUUGAUUCGACAAAUGCAUGUUACGGAGGAACUGCAGCUCUGUUCAACUCGGUAGCUUGGUUGGAAUCCAGUGCUUGGGAUGGAAGGUUGGCCAUCGUUGUAGCUGCAGACGUUGCAACAUAUGCUCAAGGUGGGGCGAGGCCAACAGGUGGGGCAGGUGCCGUGGCCAUGUUAAUAGGGCCUAAUGCACCCUUAGUAUUGGACAGAGGAUUAAGAGCUUCGCAUAUGGAUGAUACGUACGACUUUUACAAAGGAAAUAUGCAUACAAAUUACCCAUUAGUGGAUGGUAAAUUGUCAGUCCAAUGUUAUUUUGAGGCGCUAUACAAUUGUUAUUGUCUAUAUCGCAAAAAGUUUUUAAACAAGUUUGCAAAUGACAAUGAAACCAAUACAAGUAGUAAAAGUGUGUUGCAACAUUUUGAUGCAAUCAUAUUUCAUUCACCAUACGGAAAACUCGUAAGAAAAGCAUUUACUUGGUUAACACUUCAUGAUUUGCAAAUAGAUGCUAAUUUCUACAAAAAAAAUUCUAAUUUAUUAAAAUACAAACUCACAGAUAUUAAUGUUGAUCUAUUAUCUGAUCCCGAUGUCUUAAAAGAUACAGAACAAUUAUUUAAAAAACUUACAGAACCAACCCAAAAGUUACCUAGAAAUAUAGGAAAUAUGUACACAGCUAGUGUUUUUGGUGGGCUCAUUUCAUAUUUGAUCAGUAAACCAGCUUAUGAAAUGGGUGGACAACGAAUAGCAAUGUUUUCUUUUGGUUCUGGUAUGUGUUCUUCAUUUUAUUCAAUCAAUAUUCGUUCAGGAGAAAAAUUGGACACUCUUAUUAGUCAUUUAGUACCACAUGUUGCAGAAAAAUUAGAAAAAAGACAUUGCACAUCACCAGCUGAAUUUGAAAAUAUACUUAAAAUACGUGAAUUAACUUAUAACAAAGCACCGUUUGAACCAACCACAAAUAUUGAAGAUUUGUUUCCUGGUUCUUGGUAUUUGACAUAUAUUGAUAGCAUGUUUAGAAGAUACUACUCACAAUAAUAAAUUACAUGAAUUAAAUAAUACAA